CUUAACCCAUCCACUCAAACCUCUCGCGUCUUUGAAGGCCCUGUCCUUCCGAUUCUCCCGUGGGAUUCUAUAUCUCCCGAUGGGUGGAUCCCUAGACGCCGCCCAGGACAGUGGACGCUGUCGAGAUCCAUGACGAUGGCACCUCCGAGCGGGUCGGCGGCAUACAAGAAGAAAGAUGGCACCCUGACCAUAGCCCAGGACCGCCAGUCGAUCUCUUGGAUCCCGGCGGCUGGUGGUGCAGCUGGUGCAAUUACUCUUCCUGUUGCUCAGAUCACCAAUUUGCAACAGACCCCCGCGAGUAACCCGAAAGUGAUGCUGAAGAUCUUUGUCCUCCCUCCGAACGCCCCCGCCAGCUCCCCCGAACAAUAUGUCUUUUCCUUCACAGCUGGAGCGAACGCGCGACCGGAAGCUGAUGCCAUCAGAGAUGCGCUCAGUGCCGCUAUUCAAGCUGCGAAGACAGCUCAGAGUGCCCCCGUUAAAGAAGGCGUGUCUCCUGCUAUGGCCAUAGCGAAUGCGGUAUCAUCGGCAGGGAAAGAGAAGAGCCCGUGGGAUGAUGACAAACGGCUUCAAGGAGAUGUGGAGCUGCAGCAGUCGCUGCUGAAGUCGAAUUCGACUCUGCAGCGCAUGUUCAUGGAGUCAUUACACACCAAGCCGGAUACGCUGUCUGCUUCACAAUUCAUGACGCAGUUCUGGUCUACUCGACUUCAUCUUUUGCGCGCGCAUGCGAUCGAACGGUCGCAGACACGCGGAUCGUACAAUGUGCUGUCGACAUUGAAGCCGCGGGUGGAGGAUAGCGUGACAAAGCUGAAUAUUAGCAAGGAGCAAAUUCAGUUGAUUUUCAAUCAGCACCCGCUUGUGAAGCGGGUAUACGACGAGAAUGUACCCAAGCUUAGCGAGCAGCAGUUCUGGUCUCGGUUUUUCCAAAGUCGGUUGUUCAAGAAACUGCGCGGAGAGCGCAUCUCCGAAACGGAUCCCACGGACAUAAUCCUGGAUAAAUACCUCAAGGCGGAUGAGUCAGGGAAUUUACCGCGCGAUGCGCAUGUUCCACAUUUCCUAGAUUUGGCUGGAAAUGAAGUGAACAACAGUCAACGGCAAGGCAACCGACCCGAUCUCGACAUGCGCCCGUCCUCUGUGGAAAAGGUGCCCAUUAUCCGCACACUGAACAGUCUGAGUGAGAAGAUUAUGGCGAAUGUUGCACCAGCAGAUGGCGAGGCGGAUGGCAAGACGGGUGAGGAUGGGACAUACAACGAGCUGCAGCUGCGCGAUCUACGCGGGGUUGAGGAACAGCAACGUAUCCUCCUCAACGUCAAGGACCAGAGUCGCUUUUUCUCGUCGCAUUCAAAAUCUGCGGAGGAUGAGCAAAACAAGCUAUUUGCCCAGCAGGAUCCGAAUCAGAUACUAGGAAAGCUACGUGGGGAUCUAGAACAAAAUUUGCCAGAGGGCGGAGCCGCGCCGCUAGGGAGAUUGGUAGAACCGCAGGAAGAUGAAGAUGAAGAUCAACAAAAGUUCGAAGACGUGAUUGGUUCUAGGGUGAAUUUGAAGCGCGCCUCAAACCAAAUUUUCGAAGCGAUCCGUGACCGCCGAUCCCAAACGGAGGGAUCAGGCAAUGCCGGCACAUACGGGUUGUCGACUGCAUUGUACGACCGGUUGACACUGACGCAUGCCACGACGACUGAAUUCUUGCAUCAAUUCUGGCAGGCAUUCCUAUCCGGGAAUCCGGAUCGCGCGGGUGAGGUAGCUUCGCUCGUGGAGUCCCUAAACAGAGCCAUGGAGCGCAUAAAAUCGGUGGCGCAAGACGCAGAGGCAGAGCGGCAAGUUGAGGUUGAUCGACUGAAGCAGCAUGCCCGGGAAGUGUUGGAAAGGACGGGAAGGAAGCUCAAGCUCAAUCUCGCUGGUGUGGCUGGGGGUGAACAAGCUGUCAAUCGACUACUGGGACCGACCAUCCGGGCGUUGGAAACGGCGUUGGCGAAGUACAACCAGGCGUUGGCUGAAGAAAUGAAGGAAAUGCCAUCUGCGUGAUAUGGCGAUAAUGUAUGAUAGAAUAGACGUAAAUGACUAUUAAC